AUGGACACGAUGGCGGCGGAGCAGCUUCUGGUGGAGGCGCAGGCGCAGGGGUUCGCAGCGUGGAUGCUCGGCGUGCGGCGGCGGAUCCACCAGCACCCGGAGCUGGCCUUCCAGGAGCACCACACCUCCGCGCUCGUGCGCGCCGAGCUCGACGCCCUCGCCAUCCCCUACGUCUGGCCCGUCGCGUGCACCGGCGUCGUAGCCACCAUCGCCGGCGGAGGCGGCCCGGGGCCGGUGUUCGCGCUCCGGGCCGACAUGGACGCGCUCCCCAUCCAGGAGAUGGUGGAGUGGGAGUUCAAGAGCAAGGAGGACGGCAAGAUGCACGCCUGUGGCCACGACGCCCACGUCGCCAUGCUCCUCGGCGCCGCCAAGCUGCUCCAGUCCCGCAAGGACGGCCUCAAGGGCACGGUGAAGCUCGUGUUCCAGCCGGCGGAGGAGGGCCACGCCGGCGGGUACCAUGUGCUGCAGGAUGGCGUCCUGGACGAUGUAGCUGCCAUAUUUGCCGUGCACAUCAACACGAGCAUGCCGGUGGGCACCGUCGGCUCCAGGCCAGGGCCGUUCCUUGCCGGAUCUGCCCGCUUCAAGGCGACCAUCACCGGGAAGGGCGGCCACGCUGCCAUGCUCCAAUCCGUAGUUGACCCGGUGGUGGCCGCCUCCUCGGCCGUCCUUAGCCUCCAGCAGCUCGUUGCUCGUGAGAUCGACCCACUCCAGAGCGCAGUGGUGUCCGUAACCUUCAUCAAAGGAGGUGAAACUUUCAACGUCAUCCCGGAGUCUGUGACCUUGGGCGGCACCUUGAGGAGCAUGACAACAGAAGGACUAUCCUAUCUCAUGAAAAGGAUCAGGGAGGUGAUCGAGGGGCAGGCCGCUGUGGGACGGUGCAAGGCGACGGUGGACUUCAUGGAGGAGGAGCACCGGCCGUACCCAGCCACCGUGAAUGACGAAGGCAUGUACGCGGAUGCUAAGGUGGUGGCACAGAGCAUGUUGGGGGAGGCGAAUGUGUUGUUGUGCCCCCAGUUUAUGGCAGCAGAGGACUUUGGGUUCUAUGCACAGAAGAUCCCGGCCGCCUUCUUUAACGUCGGCGCCCAUCGUGCCGGCGAGGACAUAAGUUACUUGCACACGCCGCACCUGGUGGUCGACGAGAAUGUGCUCCCCAUCGGGGCUGCCAUGCAUGCCGGUGUUGCCAUCGAGUUCUUGAACAAGCACGCCGCCUCUCCUCUCACUUAA